GGAUCGUCGUCACCUUGGUCACUCAUCAUCUUGACAACAAACAAAUCACUUGCACUUCAUAUCAUCGCCUGAGCUCACUCUCUCCUCUCUCAACUCUGAUAUAAGUCGAGUAGCAACCGCAAGCACUAGUACAAGGACAAAGACCAGCUGCCAUGUCAGCACAACAAGACCUCCAAGAGCUCCUGCGGCUCCUCACCGUUGGCCGCAAGACUCCCAUGCUUCAAGCUAUGGCUCAGAUCAAAUCUUUACAAGCUGUUGAGAUCAGGAGCAUCCAACAAAUAGCCGAAGCCCCCCUCGACACCAUCAAAUCCGCCCUUAAAGACGAAAAGACAGCAAAGUCCCUCCAAAAUGCCUGCAAAGCAGCCAUGAAGCGGACCAGCACGGCAGGAGGCUCAGCGGGUACCAAACGCGGCGCCCCGUUACCAACCACAAACUCGCCUUCUUCAAAGCGCCUCAGACAUGACGACAACCCACUUAUGCCUUCCCGUACCCCCGGUGAAGAGCUCACGCCCCAGGAACUGGAAGCCUCACUCGAACUUCCCAUCUGCUUAGACGAAGAGCUCAUCUCCCAAACCGUCCUAGAGACCAACCGCGCCCCUCUGGUUCUCGCCUUUGCCGUCGAACUCUUGCGACACACGAGGCCCGAGCAACCACUUUCCUCUCGAUUGAGCCUGGGACAAGCGGUAGUCAGCGCCAACUCGCGCUCAAAGGCAGUGAGCAUCGGUCUGGCUGCUAAGGGGCCUAGUGCCGAAGAAGAGGGGUUGAUAGGCUCAGGCCAACCGAGGGUGAAGGUAAUGGGUAGGGAGGUUCCCGUGUUGAAGAGGGGAGGGUACGAGUGGAAGGAAGAAGUCAGUGAAAGCACUUUACAACAAGAAGAUCAAACCACCACCGCGCAAUCAUCAUCAUCAAAGGAUCCUCAAGAACAACCCCAACCACCACCACCACCACCACCACCGCCGUCCAAAACCAUCCAAAAAGUCCACCCCUUCUUCCAACCAGACGACAUCCACUGGUCCACCAGCCCCCUCCUGGCCUCCAAAGACUCCAAGUUCAUUGCCCACUCGACCAAGAUCACCUCCCCCUCCCAAGAGAAAAUCCUCCUCAACAACCUCUUCCGCACCCAUCCCAACCUCGAAUCAGCCACCCACAACGCUUGGGCCUAUCGCGUCCGCCUCCCCCCCAACCAAAACCGAAUCAUUGAGAAAUCCUUCGACGACGGCGAACAAGGCGCCGGCGACUUGAUGUUGCGUAUCUUACGGGAAAUGGACAUGGACGAUACAAUGGUAGUAAUGACGCGCUGGUUCGGCGGGACCAUGUUGGGACCGGAUCGGUGGCGGUUGAUGAGGAGUGUGGUUUUGGCGGCGGUGAAUGAGAGGGGGAGGAAGACUGCCUCCAGUGAAGAACUGGAAGAGGGAGGGGAGGCGGUUUGGGGGUUGGAUUUGGAGGGGAUGUCGAAGGGCCCUGCUGGGGGUUCGUCGUCGACUGCUGCGUCUGCGUCUGCGUCUAUGGGUGCUGUAGGUGGAAGGGGGAAGGCUAUCUCUAGCUAUGGGACUGGAGUGGUAGGCAUGCAAAUCCACAAACCAGAAGUAGCGAGGAACUACCUUUUACGAAGCUUCCAUACGGCUUCGGCAGGGGAAGCAGGGGAAGCAGGGACGGAACAGAAAAAGACGACAAAAACUAAAAAGACGCAGAAGCAGUUAGAAACAGAGCGAGAAGAAAACCUAGGCCUGUUACUGGGGGCUUUGAGACUGCUCUUCGACAGCUGGGCGGACCAUCUCACCGCCGCGGAACUGGAUAAGAGGGCAUGGGCGUGGUAUGUGGCUGUCAGACCGGAUGUCGAGGCUGGACCGGGCGGGUGGGGAGCGAAGGGGAGGUUAGAGUUAAGGAGGAUUUUGGAGUUGAGGAGGAAGGAGGAAGAGGGAAAAGAGUAGUAGCAGGAGGAGAAAGAGUAGUAGUAAGUAAGUACAUAGCAACAUUGAUGGAUUUUGUUAAUUGUUCUUGAUGACAUCUAUCUCAGUUCAUAUGUUUCUCUUGUAAGGACAAACAAAAUGUGCGACUGGCGAUAUAGCAUCCAGGUCUUCCUCUCAGUGUAGCUAGCAGUGCAGCAAAUACGUACGUCUAGCACGCACGGCUUGAUUGACUCCUAGGAGAUCGGGAUCUUGCUUUCAGUG